AGUAAACAAGCAUGGACGCAGCAGUGGCUGUGAGGAAAACAUUCGUUCUGAUAUUUUUGUGAAUUCGAAGUGGAUGUGCAGUGAAAAAACCGGCAAGUGUCUUUACAGACUUUCUUUGACUUGGCUGUGUUCACUAGCUAACGUAAUAUACGCUUAUGCUAGUUGUAAACGCCCGGCUACACUCAGCUAAUCAACGUUAUUCCACGUAUAAACACAUUUAAGUAUAUCUGAAUGUAAACCAAAUGUAGAAAACACAGGCCACUAACCGGCUAGUUAGCAUUAUAGGUUUUGCUUAGUUAGUAGUUACAUUGAGCGAAAAGCACCCGGUGUGGUAGCAGUGCUGCUAGCCGCCGCUGGGUGGUGCUGUUGACCUGCAUCCGCGCCAGGUUUACUAUGGACUCUGUCCUAAACAGCGGAGAUGUCAGUAGUCGGGAAGUUGACACCGAAGAUGAACCAUUCUUCGUCGAGAACUACGAAAGUUCAGAGGGUGAAGAAAGUAAUCGGGAAUAUCACAGUGACUGUCAACAGGUUGCACGGUUCAGCAGAGGAAGGUCACCCCCGCUGCUCUUAGCUUACUCCGUCAGCUGCGGACCAGGCCUGCAGGACAGUAGCCCCAGCUUGGCUUCACAGGAACAUGAUGAGGAAGACGAGGACAGCGACCAACUUAUCGAGGAAUGGAUGAUCCUGGGAGGAGAUGAGCAGCCGGGAGACUCGAGCAUCAAGCUCAAUCUGAGCUACUGGAUCAGUUCUGAGGAGGACUCUGGAGAUGAAGAUCCAAAUGUAAAAUCAGUUAAAGAUAUGUGGGCUGUGUCAGACAAAGACAAGAUGUGCAACAGGACAGGACACAUUACCAACAGAUACUACUAUCACCAGAAAUCCUCCACUUGUAUCUUUUGUGGGAUCCAGGGCCAUCGUCAUAGAGACUGUCCAGAGAGAUCAGAGAGAAUGUCCAGGCUGCUCUGCGGACUGCCCCCGCUAUGGAACCAACACUGCCAGCGCUGUUGCAUGACAGGACACCUUUCUGAUGCCUGUCCGGAUACAUGGAGACAAUAUCACUUGACAAUUCAGUCAGAGGUGCCCCAUAGGCCACAAACAGCCCACACCUACAAACAAAAGAGAGGCAGAGCACAUUGUUACAACUGCUCUAAAAGGGGACAUUAUGGCUUUGAGUGCACUAAGAAGAGGAUGGUCAGUGGAACCUUUCCUUCACUGCCUUAUGUUUGCUACUAUGACAACAUGGAGGACAUCCUCCAGCAACGUACAGAGAUUGAGAAGAAUGCCAAAGGGCUCGGGAAUGUUGAAGCUCUGCCUCCAUCAGAUCAGCAUCACUUUUCUGAAUCAAAAGAGGAGAGCGGUGAUAAAAUUCAAGGAAGUAGCAGGACAAAGCAGGAAGCAUCCAACCAAACUAGCAAGAGGAAGACGUGGCCAGUGAGGCGCAAGGAGAGACGAGAGGUUAAGAGGCUCAGGAGGGAGGCUCAAGUCAGGCGGGGAGGACUCUUGGUGAAGACCCAAUGCAACUCUGAAGAUGAUGCCUAUGCUGCAGACCUUUUUAAGUAUUCCCUACACAACCAUGGGACAUCUGCACCCCGUGUAGAAAAGAGGAGAUUGGAGGAGGCAAAUGGAAGAAGGAGCAGAAAGAGAAAAGAGGCAGAGUUGUGGAAGAAGAGAGGAGGGAUGAAACGUGGGGAUUUAUAUCCUCAUGUAGACCUGGACAUUGGAAGUGAAAAUCUUCUUUCCCCAAAACAAAGAGUACGCCACAGAAGAAGAUAAAAUGUAAUUGUGUUUUAAAAAAAUAUAAGUAGUACACAGAAAGA